AUGGAUUAUGACAAAUUCUCUGCCGACGAUUUGUGUGGCAGCUGCACAGUGAAGGUUUCAGACUUGCAUGAUGGAUGGUAUGGAAAAGUGGACCUCCAACGCCCAAAGCGAACUUUGGGAAGUGGCAAAGAUGACGAACAUAUGCUAGAACUAGCCGGCAGGCUCUACUUUGGAGUCAAGUAUGACUACGAGAAAAUCAGUGCGCUCACCAAGAAGCCAAAGGAGAGAAGCUGGAACCAUCAGGUGCUUUUUAAUCUCGACAGCCUCGAAGCUUGGGGUCAUGAGACCAUCAUGCUGGGCUCAGUGUUCAUGAAAACCUUGGAAGGCGCUGCAAAUCAGACACCUUUUGCUUUGGAGCUGAGCAAUUUCCGGAUCUUUGGUGGCCUUCAGAGAGGAGGUGCAAACGAGAAGAUCGUGCUGCUGAAGGCAUCCAAGAAAAGGUUCGUAGACUUCAUCAAGAAGAGCCAGAAGGAAAAACAGUUCUUGCAGUCAUGCCGCGGUUCCACGUUGGACAAGCAGCAGACCAUCAAGGGCAUCAUCAAGUCCUUGAUUGAACGAUGGGAGACGGAAGACCAAGCAGACAACUUCCGCAAAGGUCUCUUCCAAAGCAAGAUUGUGGAGGCUGUUGAUCCAAGCAGGUUCCGUGUCGCAUAUCGUGGUGCCAAGGCACAUAUUACAGUACGAAAUGCACUGAACCUCAGCGGUGGCGGCUGGUUCGACAAGCUGGAUCCAUAUGCGAUCGUCAGGUUUCGUGGCAACAAACAGGAGCUCAGAACCAGCGUCCUCCAAGAUGCCGGCGGAGAUCCAAUUUGGAACUGCGAAGGCCAUUUGGUAUAUGGCGGUGAAGUGGCAUUGGAAAUCUCUGUUUGGGACUAUGACCACUACAGUUCUGAUGACCUGGUUGGCACUGGAGUGGUACAGGUGGAGCAGUUCUGCAAUGGUUUCGAGGGCAUGGUUCCCUUGAGCGUGUCGAGCGAUAAGAAAAAGCAGAAGAAGUCAUUGAAACAGAGUAUGAUCACCAUCGGCAUUCUGUGGGAUGCCCCGCCGCAGGAUCCGACAACCGGCAAGCCGCUCGACCCGACACAAACUCUGGCAUCUGGCGGUACGAGGGCUCUUAUCAGCUGA